CCAGGAAACAAGGGUUAUCUCCACUGUACUGCAAAGGGGGACACUGUCUGGCAGUCUGCCUGCUGAAACGAGGUCUGACCAGAUCCAUCCCAGGCUGAGUAUUGGCUUGAGAGCCCUUUUUUCCCUCAUCCUCCUCUCCAACCCUGUUCUUGGACUCCUGGGAGCAGAGAGGGGCUAAAAAGGAGAGCCGCCUGACAACCACAGCUAUCCUCAUCAUGCCAGUUGCUGCUACCAAUUCUGAGUCUGCCAUGCAGCAAGUCCUAGACAACCUGGGGACCUUUCCCAAUGCCACGGGCGCUGCUGAGUUAGACCUGAUCUUCCUUCGAGGCAUCAUGGAAAGUCCAAUAGUAAGAUCCUUGGCGAAGGCCCAUGAACGCCUGGAAGAGACCAAACUGGAGGCUGUUCGGGACAAUAACCUGGAGCUGGUUCAGGAGAUCCUUCGGGACCUGGCCGAGCUGGCGGAGCAGAGUAGCACAGCCGCUGAACUUGCCCAUAUUCUCCAGGAACCACACUUCCAGUCCCUCCUGGAGACUCAUGACUCCGUGGCAUCAAAGAGCUAUGAGACGCCACCUCCCAGCCCUGGCCUGGACCCCAUGUUCAACAACCAGCCUGUCCCUCCAGAUGCGGUGCGAAUGGUGGGCAUCCGAAAGACCGCAGGAGAGCACCUGGGCGUGACGUUCCGAGUGGAGGGUGGAGAGCUGGUGAUUGCCCGAAUCCUGCACGGGGGCAUGGUGGCCCAGCAGGGCCUGCUGCACGUGGGUGAUGUCAUCAAGGAGGUGAACGGGCAGCCUGUGGGCAGUGACCCCCGGGGGCUACAGGAGUUACUCCGGAGUGCCAGUGGUAGCGUCAUCCUCAAGAUCUUGCCUAGUUACCAGGAGCCCCACCUGCCUCGACAGGUGUUUGUCAAAUGCCACUUUGACUAUGAGCCAGCCCGGGACAGCCUGAUCCCCUGCAAGGAGGCCGGCCUACGCUUUUGUGCUGGGGACCUGCUCCAGAUUGUUAACCAAGAUGAUGCUAACUGGUGGCAAGCAUGCCAUGUAGAGGGGGGCAGUGCUGGGCUUAUCCCCAGCCAGCUGCUGGAAGAGAAACGGAAGGCCUUCGUCAAGAGGGACCUGGAGAUGACACCAACCUCAGGUGCCCUGUGUGGCAGCAUUUCAGGGAAGAAGAAGAAGAGAAUGAUGUAUCUCACUACCAAGAAUGCGGAGUUCGAUCGGCAUGAACUUCUGAUCUACGAGGAAGUGGCUCGGAUGCCCCCUUUCCGGCGGAAAACCCUGGUUCUGAUUGGGGCACAGGGUGUGGGGCGUCGUAGCCUGAAGAACAAACUCAUCAUGUGGGACCAAGACCGCUAUGGCACCACUGUGCCCUACACAUCUCGCCGGCCUAAGGACUCUGAGCGGGAAGGCCAGGGCUAUAGCUUCGUGACACGGGCAGAGAUGGAGGCUGACAUCCGCGCUGGCCGCUACCUCGAGCACGGGGAAUAUGAAGGGAACCUGUACGGCACUCGAAUCGAUUCUAUCCGAAAUGUGCUCAGUGCUGGCAAGGUGUGCGUGUUGGACGUCAAUCCACAGGCAGUGAAGGUGCUAAGAACUGCUGAGUUUGUCCCAUAUGUGGUUUUCAUCGAAGCCCCUGACUUUGAGACCCUGAGAGCCAUGAACCGGGCUGCCCUGGAGAGUGGGGUGGCCACCAAGCAACUCACGGAGGCGGACUUGAAGCGGACGGUUGAAGAGAGCAGCCGGAUCCAGAGAGGGUACGGGCACUACUUUGACCUCACUCUGGUGAAUGACAACCUUGAGAGGACCUUCCGGGAGCUUCAGACUGCGAUGGAGAAGCUUCGGACAGAACCCCAGUGGGUGCCUGUCAGCUGGGUAUACUAACCCUGCCUCCCACCUCUGGCACAGGGAUUCACAUCCCCAUUCCACAAUCCUUAGUCACUCAGACCUCAUCCUCUGCCAGGAGGUGUCCUUGGGCAUCUUCUGCAGAGAUUCCCAUGUUCCUUAGCCCAGCUCCCUUGGGAAGCUGUGUCCACUCCUUGGGAUAAAAUGCCAGGUGGGCAACGAAAGCUAGCAUCAGUUCUGCAGAAGACACUGUUAGGGUGAGGUAUGUUCAUGGGGCACCUUGGUGCCCAGGUGCUGCCCACCUUUCCCAUGCCUGUUAGCUAUCAGCCUACCUGGUUCCCUCUCUACCCUUCUCUAUGGGACCAAACUGUGCUUAGGAGGGUGGGGGAAGGGGAGGAACCCCCAAGGUGCCCAUCAGUCCAUAAAUGAGAAAAGCUGACACUUGGGUGAGCACCAAGGUCCCCUGUCGCCACUUUAUUUAGUCACCUUUUCUCCUCAGGGCUAGCAUAGAUCUACCCCUACCCGAGUGCCCUUCCUACUGACUAGUCACUUAAUCCUGGGAUCCACAGAUGGGAGAAUUAUUAUGUCACCAUCUAAAUGAGCUGGCCAUUUGGUCCAGACCUGCCUAGGAGCUAGUUCUGCCUGGUGCUACCCCCAAAGCCUGGGUAAGAAUGAAGCACAUGAAGCCAGGACACUCAUGGUGGGAAAUGGGCACUUUCCUCUUUCUGGAUAAUCCUGGAGAACAGAAUGGAAUCUGUGUUGGGAAAGAUUCCCAGGGCUUAACCUCUCUCCCUAUCUCCCCUGCCCUUCCCCAAGUAUACAGCAAUUCACUGCCGAAGACUCCCCUACAGUAUCUUCCAGACCCCUCAGCACUGUUUUUCCCCAGCCUCACCUGGGAGGUAUUGGGAUGGGCAGGAAGACCUUGGCCUUGAGAAGGGAAAGCUAGACCUCCUAUAUCAUUUCUGCCGAAUAUCUCCGUGAACUUGGAAAAUCGAGAGGGGACAGUCAGCUUCAUGAUCUUGGCCCAAUAUUCCUUUCCAUCUCAUCAAGAUGGCACCUGCCUUUUCCAGCUGACAGGGCCUGGCUUUGGGAGUCCUACUAGGAGGGUGGUGAUAGGAGGCCUGGGUGACUUGGACAGAGUAGGAUGGAGAAGGCCAGGUGGGAGUGAAGCAUGAAAAAAGGAGCUUCUUUUGUCUAUGUCACACUGAUCAUAUGUGUGUGAGACAUAUGUGGGCCUCUCUUUCAGGGAGGGUUAGGUUAUUUUGCUUUAGAGGAGAACUUUCAGAGUCUGUAGUGGGAUUGGAGUGGAUGGUCCCUAUUUCUCCUUCGUAUUGUGAAGGUUCCUCUCCUUAAACUGGGGAGAAAUCCCACAUCCCAGAGUCUUAGAAAUUGUCAGAUUUUUAUCUCCCAACCCCCAUUUCCAUGCCUCAUUCUCCAAGUAUGUGAGGGCAUACCAUGACCCCCUAAUUUAGGAGUUUCGAGUAGUACAGAGGUCACCUUUGUAAAAUAGAAUUCCCCUUUAAGAAGAGAAUGCUGUCUUAGAAUUUCCAGGGUCAUUUCAUCUAUUCCCCUGCCUUCCCAUAGGAUAGCCCUUUCAUCCCACAGGAAUCAAUAGGAAACCUCGAAGGGAAGAAAAAAAACAAACUAGCCUCUCCUAGGUGUCCCUGUGUUUGGGGCCUCAGUCCUCAUCCCAAUCUACAUCCUUACCCUAACUCGAGGGCCUACCUAGUCCUUCUGUGUGUUUAACCUCAUCUUUUUUGCUGCAAUGUCAACCCAAGCUGGCCCCUGAACCACUGUGCCCUCCCUCCCCCACUGCAUUGGGGAGGGCGGGAUGUCCCUUUCCAGGAGGCCCAGGAAACUAGUGCUCCCUCAUCCCUUCUCAGUGCCCCUACUUGCUUAGGACCCUGGGAGGGCCAGUGGUUCAUCAGCAUAUUCCUGAGAGGGGGAGGAGAAACAUAUAAGAGAAUUGAGUAAAGAGAGAAUAAACUGACUUAUUUAUUACAAA